AUGGCACCCUUCCCAUCUGCAACCCGCACCUGGCACUCAACCUCCUAUCCCUCCAUCUCCCCGACCAAACCCUCUCUCUCCGCAAAAGGAAAGGCUGUCUUGAUUACCGGCGGAGGCACAGGAAUUGGCGCCGAAACAGCCCGCUCUUUUGCCGUAGCAGGAGCAUCCAGAAUCGCCCUCCUCGGCCGCCGGACCCAACCACUCCUAGACACCAAAGCCGCGAUCGAGCGGGAGUACGGCCAGACCACCAAGGUAUUUGUAGCCUCCACCGACGUGACCAAGCAGAGCGAAGUCGACGCAGCGUUCGAGAAGUUCGUCUCUACCAAUAGCGAUAGCGGCACCAAAAGCACCAUCGACAUCGACAUCCUGGUCAGCAACGCCGCAGCAACCGGCCCAUUCGAAGGCGUGGAAGAUGUAGACCCCAUGGACUUCCUAAACGGGGUGAACAUCAACCUCGGCGGCGCAUUGCACGUCGCGCAAGCAUUCUCUCGAUUCGCGGCCCCCGACGCGGUGAUCAUCGACGUCAAUAGCAACGCGGCGCAUGUGAACUACGGCCCCCGCUUCGCGUCCUACAGUAUUGCUAAGCUGGCUGUUUUCCGGCUGUGGGAUAUGGUCGGGUUUGCGAAUCCGCGGUGGAGUGUUUUCCAUAUCCAGCCCGGGGUUGUGGAUACGGAGAUGAAUCGUGCUGCGGGUGGGGUUAAGGCGGUGGGAUAUGAAGAUCAUGUUUCUCUCCCCGGCAGCUUCAAUGUGUGGCUUGCGAGCUCUGAGGCGCGGUUCCUAAGGGGGAAGUAUCUUUAUGCGAACUGGGAUGUGGACGAGUUGAAACAGAGAGGUGGAGAGCUUGAACAGGGUACAGAGCUUAGUCUCGGACUGGUGGGAUGGCCGUUUGAUACUGAGGGUUGGCAGUCCAAGUGGCGUGCUUAA